UGUGGAGGGCUGAGGGGCCGCGGGGCCGCGGGGCCGUCCCUGCGUCCGCUUCCUCCUCUCUGCGGCGCUGCCUCCCGUUCUCCUCGCAGCCCAGCUGUGUGUGUGAGAGAUGCUUGUUUUCUUGCUUGCCUCUCCCCGCCCAGCGGCCGUGUGCUGGUAGUUAGCCCUGUUCUGCAGGUGGAGGACUGCUCACGUUUCCCUUCUCCGGGCCCCUGGGCCGUACAGCCGAGUGGAGGAUGGUAAAAGCAGCCCCGUGCUGUGCUGCGUGAGGCGUUUCGCACUGUGCACUGGAUGACCAUAACUAAACAAUGUCUGUACCACGUGGAGCUGUCCAUGCAAAAUGGAUAGUAGGGAAAGUCAUAGGAACCAAAAUGCAGAAAACUGCCAAAGUGAGAGUGACAAGGCUUGUACUAGAUCCUUACUUACUAAAGUUCUUUAACAAGAGGAAAACCUAUUUUGCCCAUGAUCCAUUGCAGCAGUGUGUUGUUGGAGACAUUGUUCUUCUUAAAGCCUUGCCUGAGCGGAGGAGCAAACACGUGAAACACGAACUGGCUGAAAUUGUUUUCAAGGUUGGAAAUGUCAUAGAUCCGAUCACAGGAAAGCCCUGUGCAGGAACCAGAUUUCUUGAAAAUCUAUCAGAUUCAGAAAACCUGACAGAGGCAGAUACCACCUAUCUAAGUGAAAAACUCCAGGAACUUAAAGUUUGUUCAACAGACAAAUAGUGGAGAAAAUAAUUAAACGAGGCUUUCCAGCUCAUCUCUGUCAGGGAUGUUUGGAUCCCUGAAAUUGUAUGUUAAAAUGUUUUGGUGAAAUUUGUAGUCAAAAUACGUAGCAAGCAUAGCUGCUUCUAAGGACAGACGUUCCAGAUGAAAAACUUGGUGCCUCAAAUGAAAAUAUGGAAAAUGUGAGUUAAAUGUUAACGCUUCAUUUUGUUGCAUUUAGUUUUGCCCAAAGUCUUGACACUUUCCAAAGCCAGCUGCUCACUUGGAAUGACUCUUCUGUACCGAGAGACAAGAAUACAACUAGGGUUGUUCUGAUUGUUCUGUAUUUCAGGUGAUCUUUCUUUUAUGAUUUGUAGGCUUAAAAUGCUAUUAAACCUUUUGAAAAGAAGUGUAGAAACUUUAAAACGA